AUGGAAGAAGUCGAUGAAACUGACGCCGAGUCGCAGGUGUAUAUGGCAUGCAUCAUGUGUGGCCGAAGAGUUGGAAUCUCUUAUUAUGAUUCCAGUAUUUGCCAGCUCCAUGUUCUGGAACUAUGGGAAGAUGGCAAUGAAGAUUUUCCAUUGGUUGAAAUGGUCAAGUAUCAAGCCAAGCCUUGUAUCAUCUUUACCAGCACCAAGAGUGAAUCAUCAUUCUUGGCUGCUUUGCAGAAAAACGAUGGAAAAGAUGAACCUCCAGCAGUAAAGCUUGUAAAGAGUUCAUUAUUCAGCUAUGAGCAAGCAUGGCACAGACUAAUGUACUUGCGGGUUACUGGAAUGGAUGAAGGAUUGAACAUCAAAGAGAGGGUCUCUUUUCUUAGUUCCAUGAUGGACGUCCGAAGUGAAGUUCAAGUGCGUUCCAGUGGGGGCCUUCUGGCCAUAUUAGAGAAUGAGAGAAUAGUAAACACCCUUGAGCAGACGGAAAGUGGGAACUUAUCGAUUUCUAUCAACUCAAUUACUGAAAUUCCAUUAAAUAAUUUCCUCAAAGUUGAUGCUGUUGCCCACGAGGCAUUACAAAUAUUCCAAACUGACAAGCAUCCAAGUCAUAUGGGUAUUGGUAGGGCAAAAGAAGGGUUCUCGGUAUAUGGGAUGAUGAAUAAGUGUGUAACACCAAUGGGAAGGCGUUUAUUACGGAACUGGUUCCUGAGGCCUAUACUGGACCUUGAGAAGUUGAACAUUCGUCUUGAUACUAUAUCUUUCUUUCUUAGUGCUGAAGAAUUGUUGGUUUCUUUACGUCAAACUCUGAAAUCUGUGAAAGAUAUUCCUCACAUACUCAAGAAAAUCAACUCUCCGAGUUCUGUAUGUACAGCUAGUGACUGGACUGCACUUCUAAAGAGCAUAUGUUCAUUGCUACACAUCGACAAGAUACUUGAAGUGGGCAUUGUUGGGACAUUUCAAGAGCAGUUGACACAUUUAAACCUGGAUAUCAUUGAGCAGGCUCAUCUUUACUUAUCGACAGAUUUGGCCUAUGUAUAUGAGCUGAUCAAUGGCGUUAUAGAUGUAAACCGAAGUAAAGAUAAGGGUUACGAGACAAUAGUGAAAGAUGGCUUUUGUGGGGAGUUGGACGAGCUGAGGCAAAUAUACGAAGAAUUACCUGAGUUUCUGGAAGAGGUGUCAUCCCUUGAACUUGCGCGGUUACCGCAUGUGUCUCGGGAGAAAUUCAUCCCUAGCAUUGUUUAUAUACAUCAGAUAGGCUACUUAGUGUGCAUUUUUGAAGAAAAUCUUGAGGAUAACAUUCUAGAGAAACUUCCGGACUUCGAAUUUGCUUUUGCUGAUGAAGAUAAAGACUCCAAGAAAUUUUUCUAUCGCACUGAAAAGACACGAGAGCUGGAUAACCUUCUGGGAGAUAUAUAUCACAAAAUUUUGGACAUGGAGAGGGCAAUUACCAGAGACCUUGUCAUUCAUAUUCUUGAAUAUUCCGAUCCUUUACUUAAAGCUGUUACUUUUGCAGCUGAGCUUGAUUGCUUUCUGUCAUUAGCACUAAUCGCUCGUCAAAACAACUAUACGAGACCCGUUUUGACUUCAGAAAGCAUCAUUGAUAUUAGAAAUGGAAGGCAUGUUUUGCAGGAAAUGACAGUUGAUACCUUUAUCCCUAAUGAUACAAAGAUUCUGGAUGAAGGAAGAAUCCAUAUUAUCACUGGACCUAAUUAUUCAGGAAAAAGUAUCUACAUUAAGCAGGUUGCCUUGAUUGUUUUCCUCUCCCACAUUGGAAGUUUUGUACCAGCUGAUUCAGCCACCGUGGGUUUGACUGAUAGGAUAUUUUGUGCUACUGGAAGCAAGUUUAUGACUGCUGAGCAAUCAACAUUUAUGAUUGACCUCCAACAAGUGGGCUUGAUGUUGAGACAUGCAGGUUUUCAGUCUUUAUGUCUGAUGGAUGAAUUUGGGAAAGGGACUCUCUCUGAAGAUGGUAUUGGUCUUCUUGGUGGAACCAUUAAUCAUUUUGCUUCGUGCGAAAAUCCCCCAAAGGUUUUGCUGUCAACACACUUGAGUGAAAUAUUUGAAAAUGGCUAUUUGCUGGAGUCAAGCAAGAUCAACUAUUACACCAUGAGCGUGUUAAGCCCAGACGACAAUGGCACAGAUGUUGAAGAUAUUGUAUUUUUAUACAGACUGGUUCCAGGACGUGCUCGUCUUAGCUAUGGAUUACACUGUGCCCUACUUGCUGGAGUUCCCGAGGAAGUUAUUAAGAGAGCAGCAUAUGUACUGCUUGCCAAUGGAGAUCACAAGAAUGUCGAGAGACUUUUGCAUGAGAAUAUAUCGACACAGGAUCAGCAGUAUAAGGAGGCUGUGGAGAAGAUGUUGGCUUUUGAUACUUCAAACGGUGACCUGAAUCUCUUCUUUGAAAGGGAUGGGAUUGUCCCUUUCGGGCUGGAGCUUCUGGCCCGAUCAAUGGACCCGGCCCGAAGCAACCAGGACAAGGUGUUGAGGGCAAUAAUCGAGAUCAGUCGAGCAGGUGGGGCCCACGGAGUUGUAGAAGGGCAGUAUCGGGAGCUCGAUGCGGAGGAGUGUGAAGAAAAUGUGAUGGAAUACGUGUGCCAGAAGAAAGAAGGGGAACUUCACGGGUGUGGGGCGGCUUGCGGGGCCAUAUUGGGAGGGGGAAACGAGGAGGAGAUCGAGGGGUUGAGGAGGUUCGGGGUUUACGCGGGCACGAUUCGGGGAUUACGGGCCUCGACAAGAAACGGUCCCGGGAUCGAAGAAAAUAUUCGAGGUUUGAGGGAUUUGGCGAUUAAGGAGCUCGAGAUUUUUCGAGGGAAGGAGCUCGUUGAGGUUGUUGCGGGCCUUUGUUGA